GACCAUGCCUCGGUUCUGACACUAAGGUUAGAGCCGAUUUGAAGAGUGUUCGAUCCACUCCAAGUAAGAUUGAUGGCGACUCCCAAAAACGCCGACGCGACGACAACUAUCGGACCCCCCCCCGGACGGGACGGUUGCGACAGUUGGCGACUCCGCUGGGGACAUUCGAGAGUCGAGCUACAUUUACUAAGUUCGAUAAGUUUUCUCGCUUUCUCUUAUAUGUUGGGUGUUUACUACUUAUUUGCGCAAUUAUAUUUUCGCAAUUUAAAUUUCGCAUUCAUGCACAAAAGCUCUACGCCCGAGCUAUCCCUUUAGAAAAUUGAAAGGAGUACCGUGACUUCCAUAGUAGUGGUCGUCACGCAAAACUUUCUAACCAAGUUGAACUCGGAUCCGAGGAUGAUCUUGAGGUAUCUAGCUAGUUCGAAAGGGCUACAGCAGGAUACAACUUGGGAACCAAAUCCCUAGGAAUUCCCCUGCCAACAUAUAGUAAGCAUAGAGGCCUCCCUAACCCGUCCAAAAUUAUCCCGAUACCACCCUAAAACCAUGUCGUUACGCCGCCCGAAAGCCUUAGGUCUACCUAAAUAGGGUAACGAUGUGAUUAUAUGUGUUUGCUAUCUAAAUGUAUGCUUACUUACGACGUAAUGAUAUGCGUUUUAUCUUUUACUCGUAAAACUGUGUGAUUGCAUGAAUGAAAAACAUUUUCAAAAUUCAUAAACAUCAUUCUCCCAUAAGAUUUUCAUUCACUCAUUAACAAUAUAUCAUAAGGAGAUUAAAAAGGCAUGCAUAAAACGAAAAAUGAUUUUGAAUUCAUACAUCAUUAACAUUUUGCAUAAGCAUCACGCAUAAAUCAUCAUAAAAAGAACGAAAUAAUUUAACAAUAUUAAGACGGUCCAGGUUUUCUUAAAAUUGCUCUUCCACAAGGAAAAAGUCAAAUCCUUAGUACUCUACAUGAUCCAAGGCUCAGGUCAUCAUGGAAGCAUUUCAGAAGGAUUUAAAUGACAUCAAGAGAAGAGUAAUUGGGCUUGAAGAAAUGAAAGAGGAUGUUAGCACAAUUUUGAGGAUUUUGUCAAAAAUUGAGAGGACAAUGGAAGCGAAAAGUGGAGAUGCGCCAUUCGACGAAGAAAUUUUAUACCAACCACACGACAAAGUAACAUCAAGUGAUAAAACUCAAUUCCUGCUCUCAAAGAAUGUGCAUAAUGCAGAACAAUCAAAAUGUGAUAAUACGCGAAGAUCGGAAAGGCUUGAAGAGUCUAUGAUCGACAUUGGACAAGGAAAGUCAGAUAAUCAUGAGGCGGUUGAGAGGGCAAUCCAAAGCAAAAGAAAUAAAUGUGAAUUGCAAUCAACUCAAGGUGAAGCAAAAGGCAAAACUUCGAAGCACCACUUUCAAAAGAAUGAAGCUUGUGCAUCUUUUGCAACUACUACAUCGAUGAAACCUCAUAGCAUAAUCAGCCCACAACUAGAAAUCAAAUCUCCGCUACCCACGCCCCCACCAACAAAUGACCAAGAUCAAAAUAGUUUCAAAAGAUAUGGAAAACAAGUUCAUAUUGAUCCUAUCCCCAUCACAUAUACCGAGCUAUUUCCCCAAUUGCGCCAAAAUCACUUAAUUGCCCCUAUACCAUGUGAGCCUAUGAAACCUCCUUAUCCAAAUUGGUACAAGUCGGAGCAACACUGUGCUUACCACUCAGGAGUCGCGGGACACUCAACGGAUAAUUGUAGAUCGCUCAAGAUCAAGGUCCAACAAGUAAUGAAUGCUGGUUGGUUGAAGUUCGAAGAAGAGCCAAAACGUCCAGGCGUCAACAAGAAUCCACUGCCAACUCAUGAGAAUUAGUGGAUGAACUACAAGGCAAAGCUCGAUUCAAGGACGAUGUUGAUCCAGUCUAAUAAAUGAACUAUCGAGAUUAUUGCCAUAACAAAAUAUGUACCACUUUUGCUUUCAUCGUCAUGAAUAAAAGGUCUUUCACGUUUUGACCUCUUUGGAGCAUCGUGUGAACAAUAUCGAUCUUAAUUUAAGAUUUCGCAUCAACGUUUUUUUUAUCAAAAUAACAAAUGCCACUUCGGAUUCUUUUUAAAAAUGGAUUUAUUUUCUCAAUAAUGAAAGCCAUCAAAAUCCAGUUUUAUUUUCAAGCUAAGCCAUGAGAUUUUCAUGCAAAGAAAAUGUGAGCACCCCAUUAGUGCUGAGAUUUGGGACACCCCACUGGUGUUUAGUGAUUAUAAACACCCAGCUAUUGUCAAUAUUUUGAGCACCCACUGCGUUGAGAGUGUACGUGUUUCGCUAAAAUCAAGGGAUAAACACCCUACUGGUGUCCAUAAAUUAUGUGAGCUAAUAGGAAAAAGGUGUAAUGAGUAUACGACAUCAUGCUACUUGUAGAAUCUCGACACCACUAUAGUCGAAUUUCGCCAACGGAUUGACAUUCAGUUUACAAGAAGUCAAAUGGUCAAUCCCGAUGCAUAGGGAGCCAAAACAUUAGCAUCAUACCAAGAAAACCCUCACAAGUGUCUAGUGACAAGAAGACCAGGAAGUUCAGGGAUCCCAUUUAUCAAAACCCAAGAAUCACACGAGUGAAGCACUCAUCUAUACAAACAAGCGCAUGGUAUCAAAAUCCUCACUUCUACAAAACGAAUAGCCAAUUCAACCUAGCUCACGAGAAGUGACACCCACACAAUCAAUCAUCAAAGUGGACUCUCGAUCCUUUCAAUACUCGUCCCACCAAAGACAAGCUCCAGAUUAAGAAAGAAAAAGCAUAGUCGGGGGCAUGACAGAGUCAAGUAAGUCCCACACGCAAAAAAAAAAAAAAAAAAAAAAGCGAGAAGCAAAAAGAAAAACAACAAAACAAAAGCAAAGCAAAGCAAAAAAAGACAAAAGAAGAACAAACGAAAUGUCGUGGGACUUACAAUCUGGGUGCCCCCGGUUUAGCAUUUGAAGUACCAAAUACCUGCACCAAGUCAGGGUCUUAGCAGAUCAAUCUCAAGAUACGGCAAGAAGGACCUUCAAACGGUAAACUGUGAUGAUAAGAAAGUCGUUCUAGCCAAAACCCAUCAUCCAAAGUACUCAUCAUUUUGAGAGAAAGCCAGAAGCUGAAAAUCCACAACAUUCAACAUUUAGAGGCCAAACAAGGACCUCGACAAGUCCCAAGCCAGAUUGCAUUCACGAAAAUCACAGCCUCGGCUAGUGAAAAAUACUGGGGGGCAAAUCCAGUUGAAGAUACAUUCUGAGAAAAUCCACCAGUAUUUUCGAACAAGACUUUGUCAGCAAAAUGAUCCAGAUAAUAAGUGGUUCUUAAUCCAUCAAGUCAAUCCCAUACUUUGGGGGCAAAGCAAAAGUCCAUCUUCGAGAGGCUUUAUAGCGAUAAUGUCAAGAUUUCAUACAUUCGUUACCCAUCUGAAUAAACUACAUUUCAAGAA